AUGGCCAUUCAAAUGCCCGCUCCAACGGCCUCGCUGCACGACAAUGCUUCUCCGAUAGCCAAUGAUGACCCCUCCUCCGCGGGAAGAUUACCUGGCUCCGGCCUAAACGCAAAUGAUCCGGCUAGCUCUGGUGGCCUUGGGGCCGACGAAACAUCUUCUCUCACCGGUAACGAUCAUCUCGAGAGCGCCAUGACAGCUGUCGACAACAACAACGAUCUCCUCAAUGGCCUCCCAUGGUUGAUAAACGAUAUUGCCCCGUACAACAACCUCUUCUGGGUGACAGACUAUCCCGACCCUCUUUACCCGGACUUAGGUUACCUUCCUCCCACAGAUCUAGAACCUAGUCGUGGCGCCUUUCUGGCGCCAGAGUCGACCUCAUACUCAUACCACGACGUGCCGCUGCAAGACUCACAUGCCAGCAGAACGGAGGGCGCAGGAGAUCCCAUUCGUGCCCAAUCCUCACAGCGCAACCAGCGGCCUGAUCAGGAUUCCAGCGCUCAACUCCCCGUCUUGACUUUGGAGGAUAAAAAUGUUCUUCAUGCGCAACUCUUUGGCUAUCUCCGCCAGACGGCCCGAAGUUCCUUCCAGAAGGUUGCCGAUUUUUAUACAGAACAGAAUCAGUGCCCAGGUCCCUUUAUGGAUAAGCUCACUUUUCAAACUUUUCUUGAGCUAUACUUUGAGCAUUUCGCGGACCACUUUCCCUUCCUUCACACGACACUGCUGGAGGAUGACGACAUAUCAUGGGUCCUUCUCUUAGCAGUGGCUGUCGUGGGUGCUCAGUUUUCAGCUCUCAAGAACGCACCUCUGUUUGCCAACAUCCUCCAAGAUCUGCUAGACAAGGCAGUGAAGAUGCAUUGUCCCGAGAUCCCGUCGUCCACAGACUUGACGUGGGCACAAAUCAUACUGCUCCGGGAUAUCUGCAUGCUAUUCAAUGGUGGCAAGAAGCUUCAGGUGGCGCGACAGUAUGAGAAGAACAAGCUCAUCACGCUUUCUCGUGUGUUGAGAACCGACAAAUCAGAGCUGCUCCUCUCGAACUACGUUGGUCUUAGAACGAUAUCGCGCCUACUCGCGAUCGGCUUUACUUAA